GUGCGUUCAGGUACCUCGUACUCAACAGCCUAAUAGGUGCACUGUGGAGUGCUGCUAAAUACUACCGUCCCAUAGUCGGCUGGGCAUCGUGACUGGGAAUCGUGGACCUUUUGUGCUUACAUCCCGUCCAUUCGAGUUCCCCUGGCAAUCAAUUCUAUUCCCCCUUCGCUGGAAUUAGUAGCGAUGACAGUCUUAUCCCCAGUACCUGUUGCAUGUUCCCUGGAGCCAAUCAAUCUCCACAAUGCAUCAGAAUACAAGGAACUCAAAUGCCAACGCACCGUAUGCGCAUGGAACUUCGACGACGACGCACUCAGAGGCUUCCGAGAAAACCAAGAUAAAGGCCGGAAAGCAUUCUUCUGGAUCACGAUCACAUCAAGUGCCAAACAAACCAGAAAAUCGGAUAAGAACGAACCCACUACAUCACCGGCAAUUCCAGUUCGAGCAGGACAUAUCUCCCUCGACUCCUGUUCCACAUUUAAUGAUCCCGACGUAGCCGUCGCGGAUAAGUCCAUCCUGACUAUCCAGACCUUCUUCAUUCUCCCCGAGUACCGGGCUCUGGGACUGGGACGGACAGCCAUGGACCAGGUUGAAGCUAUGGCAACGCGGGAACCGUAUGGGAGCCCGCGGUGUCGGUAUCUCACGCUUAACACGCUGAGUAAACGGUAUAUCUACGAUGAAGGACCGGAAUGGAAGGGGAUCUGGGAGAGGAUAGGUGUGAGUAUGCCGGUUUUCAGCAACCAGGUGUGGUAUGAAAGGCGUGGGUAUGUAGUCUGGAAGGAGGAGCCAAGGUAUCCGAAUACGGUUGAUGGGGCGGAUAUUUUGCUUGUUGCUGCUUUUAUGAGGAAGAAGGUGUCAUCAUGA